AUGAACACGAAAUUAAUUCUAGUUUUGGUCGUUUCGGCGUUGCUCAUCUUAGAAUCGGUGGAUUGCAAGAAGGCGAAAAAAGAGGAGAAAACGUAAGAUUUUUAUGAAUUUUCUGAGGAAAGGAAAGUUUUCAGGAAAGCCAAAUCGAAGAAGCAAGAGAAGAAGGAGAAGGUUGGUAUUUUUUCUUGAUUAUAUUUGAAAAAAUUUUGUAAAAGGUUUGAUUUCGGAUUUUUCGAUUAUUUCAGAGUAUUAUUAAAAAGGAAAGUUUCAAUUUUUAUUUCUCAAGGUUCUUUGAAAUUACUGAAUUUUUUUUAAUUCCUAAACCUCUACUUGAAACUUUUUUCGCUUUUAAAACGGUUGAAGGCGUUGAGGUUGCGAAGCGGUUCAAGCCGAAAUUUCGAAAUUAUUCCAAGAAGUGCCGCUGUAACCCAUACGGGAAAACGCAAGUAGUUUACGGUCGGAUGCAGUUUCAAUAAGGCUCGACACGUAAAACUGUUCCCUAUGUGGCCAAAAAUGUCUUUAUUCUGAAUAUUUACUUAUUUAAUUUAUUUAAUUUAAAGUUCAAAUUUGAUCAAUCCCUUGUUCACCUCUUCUUCCAAAUGUUACCGCCAUUUCCAGACGCCGAAAGCAGAAGUUGCUGAGCCAGUGGUUCACGAAGAAGUUCACAAAGAAGUUCACGAAGAAGUGCAUCAUGAAAAUCUCAAGCUCCAGGCUUUGGAAGCUCGAGUUGAGCACUUGCAGCAAGAACUUUUGAAGUUGAGCCACAGUGAGCCGGAAGUUGCUGCCGCCCAGCCGAAAGUUCCACGGCCGAAGACGGUCAAGGUUUCAAAUUUUUUUAGUUUGGAUAACAUGAUUUAUGUUCAGGUUGUGACCGCCUACGACCAAUGCAAACAAGAGUGUCGCCGGCAGAGAGAACAGUUCCAUGCCAAAGAUGUGAGUUUCUGAUAGUUUUGACCUCUGGAGGGAAAAAAAAAACUGAAUUUUUGAAUUUUUCUUUGUAAAAUGCGAAAAAAUACUCAUUUAUCGCUGUUCUUGUAUUUUUUUUUCUCUCACUAACAAGGUCCUAGAACCUAUAAAAAAUGACCCAAGCACACAAAUUCCAAUGAGAAAACAAGUAGUUAUUCUCAAAUCAAGGGGAAGAAAAUAUGACUUUUUUCAGUACGUCGAACAACUCCGAGAAGAGCUCGCAGCCGUCGAAGCGGUCAUAAUCGAAGAGAGCCGGGAAGCUCACGCCGAGCCCGUCGUCGUCAUUCCGGCAGCUCCUCCGAAGGAUCUGGAGGAUCUCCCGGCCCCGGCAGUCAAGGAUCCGGCUCACACCGCCGACAUCCCUCACGUAGCUCCCACUGUUCUUCAUUGACUUGCUUUACUCGUUUAUUGCUACCGAAAUUGUCUUUUCAACACCUUUCUAGCUUUAUAUUUAAUUUGUAUUCAUUCAAUUUUUCUUGCCAACCUGUUCAUGGUCGAUAUGAGUUUCCUUAUGUCGCAAUAAAGUAAUUUAAAAAACGAAAACGCGUGUCUAGGGUAUUUUUAUUGUUAAAUGAAAGGACCGACUGCAAUUUUUUUUUGUUUUUUUCAACUUCCAUUUGGAAAAUUUACAAAAAAGCUUUUUCUUGACUGAAAUUUCAUAAAACUUUCGUACUACUCAAUGAAAAAUAAUUAUUUUUCAAAAAAGUUCCAUUAAACACAAGAAAAUGAUUCAUAACCCAAACAAUUGAGUAAAAAAGUAGGGCACAAACCAAUAUUGACGGGAAACCUAACCAAUACAUAUUGACUUAACGCACUGUGAAGAGCAAAAAUUGAACAUUUUUUCCCAGUUUCACCGUUUUCGCCCUGCCAUGGACUCUGCCCUGCUCAUUUUCCUGACUUUUUUUGGAGUUCUUGGCGCUCCCUUCUAUCAAAAUCCGCAAUAUAAUGAGACUUUGGCUAGAGUUAUGUUGAAUUUUGCGUCUGGAGCUUAUGGCGAUGAUAGUGAUGAGCAGGAAUGCGUUGCCAGGUUUGUUUCGAAAAAAAAAAACAAAAGGGAAAGUAUUUCUUCAUUAAUUGAAUUUCGAAAAAAAAAAUAUCCAGGAAAUGUUCGAAAAAAGUUAACAAUAACCUAAAUUCAAAUUUUUCAACCUUUAUUUUGCAAAUUUACAAGAAACAAACAUACAGAAAUGUUUCACUGAAUUCAAAAAAAUAUGUUUUUUUGCGCGUGUCAGUGUAAGAUUGCGUCAGUGUGCAACCUUGGGUUUUUUUAAGCUCGUCAAAUUUUUUUAUUUUUUUUAAAAAUUUUCAAUUAUUUCGAAUUUUUUUAUCACAACUGAGUCUUUUUUUCUAAGGCAUUUUUGGUACCUGAGUGUGAAAAAAAAAGUUCAACCUGAAUAAUUCUAUUUCAGAACCUUCUCUGGGUCCAAUGACAAUCAAUUUCUCCAAUCUUUCUCUCGAAAUUGCGAUUUUCUCGGCAAUCAAUGCGAGGGAUAUGCAAGUUAGUUUUUUUUUCCUAAUUUCCAGCAAACUUAAAAAAGUUUUCAGUAGUUUCAAACAGCUUACAACAGGUGACCAUCAUUUUCCGUGGAACAAAGACUGAUGCGAGUUUUUUUUCAUUGUUUAGCUGUUAUUAUAUGAUUUUGAUUUUAAUAUAUCUUUUUCAGCUUUAAAUCAAUGUAAACUUGGCUUUUUUUAGACCCAACUACUACUUGAAGGAUGGACAACUUUAAAACCAACUAAGGAUUUUUACGGCUUGGGAAAUGUGGGUAUCAAAAAAGAACCAAAAAGUUUAUUUUUUUUUGAAUUUUUUGUAGCUAAGAAACUCAAGUUUCAAAGGUGAGGGUAAAAUUUGCAGUAGUCAUAGAAAGAAAAAAAUUUUUUUUCUUUGAAAGAUAAGUGUAAGUCAGUUAUUUUUCCAAUUGCAGGUCAACAUGUACUUUUCGCGGGGACACGAAGUUCUCUGGCCGAUAAUUUCACAAAUUCUAUAUAAUCCGCAAUACGCUGUUUGACCUUUUGUCUUGAAAAAUUUGAUUGAUUUGAUUUUUUCAGAACUACAACGUCUUCUUCACCGGCCACUCUUUGGGGGCAGCUUUAGCGACCCUCGCGGCGAUCAGGACCGUUGCGACCGGUACCAUCUCCAAAAAAAAACAUAAGAAAUCAAUGAUUUCAGGUCUGCGAAACAGCAACCAAGUCAGUCUGAUCACAUUUGGAGAGCCGCGAGUCGGAAAUUUGGUCUUUGCUCAGAAUUUCGACCGAAUGAUCCCUUACAGGUUGGAAUUUUAUAAUAGUUUUUUUAGCCUAAGUAAUUUUACUAGACCUGGUAUCUUAAUCAAUAUAGUCACAAUUUUUGAAAUUUUGAAAUUAAAGAAAUCACUAGAAAAACAUACGGCGCUUUUUCGAUGACGCCCCGCCCACUUCUUCUCCGUAAAGUGUCGUGUGUUGUGUGCAUGCACUGCGCCGCUCUCGCGCAGAAAAGUUGCGAAUAUGUGGAGAGAGGGCUAACUGGGAAAAAUUUUAGUGGACACUAUAGGUCUUUGACGUUUUAGUGGCCACUAUAGUAGUCAAAUUAGUGGCCACUUGAGGGGUCUAAGUGCUACUACCAGACCACUAAAAUUUUUAGUGACCACUUUAGGGGUCAAUGGAUCAACAUAACUGGUCCAAUCUGUUUGUUUUGAUGUUAUCAGAGUUACUGGAAGGAAUACUGGAUGAAAAACUACUGAAGUGGCCACUAAAACGGAAAAAUAGUGGUCAUUAUAGAGGUGAGUUUAGUGGCCCUUUUAGUGUCCUCUCUAAGUAGUCCUCUAUAGUGGCUACUAAAAAUUUUCCCAGAAGAGUUCAGAAUUUAAAGCCGUAUAGGGACCACUCUGUAAUCCCUAAUACUGAGACCAUUCCCUGCUAAAUAUAUUUUAGUUUCCGGAUCGUCCACGAGAAGGACAUCAUCCCUCAUCUGCCGGCGUGUGCCAAAGAUCCUUCCUUCCAAGAUCCUUCAAUUUCAAGGCCUUGUGACCCUCUCGGAACUGAUAAAGCUUAUCAUCAUGGUAUCGAAGUUUGGUUAGUUUUCUACGAUGAAAAGUCGAAAAAUCCUGUCAGAAAACAGUAAAAAUAGAUCUGAAAACCGUUUGAAAAGUCGAUUUAUUUGUUGGAUAUUCCAUGUAGAUAUAAUAAAAAUGUCUUUCCAAUUUCCUCCCGCUUUUUUUGAAGCUAAAAGAUUUUUUUUGACAACCUGAAAGUCCAUAAUUUUUUAAAUUUGGUCAAGAACCAAUUAUUUCCACCUCUAGGUACCCGAACGGCAUGUCGCCAGGAUCCCCCUACUUGGUUUGUAUGGGACUUCCAAAAGGAGAAGAUUUUUCCUGCUCCGAUAGCAUGAAACUCGACUUUAGCAAUACAACGAUGCUCAUCGAGGAUCAUCGGCAUUAUUUCGAUGUUCAGGUUGAAAAUUAUUUCUGUCACUUAGGGCUAAGUUAUCCCAAAGUCAAACAGAAGCCCAAUUUUUCAUCAAAAAGUUUUAUUUUUUGGGGAAUUUUUUUUAAAGGAAAAUGUAAGGCUAAAAAUUAUUCAUUUGACUUUUUGGAGGCCAUUUUCCAUCAAUUAUACCCUCAAAAACAUUAAUAAGAACUCCAAAUGAAUAGAAAGGACGCAUUGGGAACGGAUAGGUUAGGAUUCUAUUUUUUUGGAAGUUUUAUCUAUUUCAUUGGAAAGUAAGUAAAAAGAAGAUUCAGAUACUUUUUCAUCCUUUGUACACUUCAAAGUAUGAUUUUGAAGGUCCCAAACUACGGGAAAACGGGCUGCGACCCUUCGAUGCCCGAGGGCGGAAAUCCCAGCUCAAAUGGAGACCUCAUCGAUCGGAUCGGCAAUGUCGUUUCCAAGAUCUCCAACUCUUUUGGCUAA